AUGGCGCUGCGGAUGGCGGCGGCUGCGUUCGUGCGGCGCCUGGCGCCGGCGCGCCCCCCGGCGCUCCUGGCGGAGGCGGAGGCCGUGACGUGCGGGCGCGGGGACAAGAAGACCAAGCGCGGGAAGCGGUUCAAGGGCUCCUACGGCAACUCGCGGCCGAAGCGGGAGAAGAAGAUCGAGCGCAUCAAGGACCGCGUCGAGGUGCCCCGCUCCACCCCGUGGCCCCUCCCCUUCAAGCUCAUCUGA